UUUAAAUCAAAAUCAUAAUUCAAUGAAUUAAUAAAACUAAAUAAUAAUCUUUUCAAUAAAUUUUGAAAACAAAAAAGAAAAAGAAAAAAAACAUCAAAGGCAGCUAUAAAUCAACGAUUACAAUCAAAAAUUUCAUCUAAAUGAUUUAAAUGAAAACAAUGCCUUCAUAUCAUUCAAAAUUAACAUCCGAUCGUUCGGUUGGUAAUAUGGCAUUAUUACCAUUUCGAACGAAAUUUCGUGGUCCAAUCAUAUCGAAUCAAAUGAUAAAUGGUAAUGGUAUGAUGAUGAUGACCAAUGGCCAAACUGAACCAUCAAUGGAUAUAAUUGAUGAAACAUUAUUCUAUUUUAAACCGAAUGUAUUUUUCAAAACAUAUGAAAUACAAUCAAAUGCUGAUCGUGUAUUAAUCUAUUUAACAUUAUAUGUUAUUGAAUGUUUAAAAAAAUUACAACGUUUAAAUACAAAAGAACAUGCUAUUGCUGAGAUGCAUGCAUUGGCCAUUUCACGAUUUGAUAUACCAGGUGAUCCAGGAUUUCCAUUGAAUGCAGUAUAUGCAAAACCAACGACAGCUGAAGAACAAGAUUUAAUGCGUCAAUAUUUAUUACAAUUACGACAAGAAUGUGGUUUUCGUCUUGCUGAACGUGUUUUUGAAACCGAUAAUGGUAAACCAUCCAAAUGGUGGCUUUGUUUUGCUAAACGUAAAUUUAUGGAUAUCACAUUGACCGGUAAUGUUCCCAAAUAAAAGUAUAUAUGAUUACAAAAUAAUGGAAAACAAUACAUGUUUGAGUUUUUUUUUCACUGUAUUUAUUAUUAUCAAAUCUUUAAAAUGUAAAGUGAAUUUUUUUUUGAAAAUUUACAC